AUGUUGGCUCUAGUUUGUUUUGCCAACCACAAUUUGGCAGAUUGCGCUCACCGUUUUGCCUCCUCACAACCCUUACUCCCCCGACUUUCUGUCUGUCUGUCUGUCUCUCUACCUCUCGCCGCCAAUCGCCGUGGCAGCACGGAGGGUCUGGAGCACUCAGGCCUGCUGCACUCAAGCGCCUCGUUGACUGGCAGUCCGAUUCAAUUGGGCGCCAUGACCCUCGGAGAGCCACUCAUCGCCGCCAGUCAGAACUCGCCACGUGGACCCGGCGGCCGGUCGUUCGUCUUGUCUCCGCACUCCUCCACUCACACGACCUCGACCAGCCUCCCGUCGUUGGCCACAAUCGCGGUGCCAGCAUCAAUCGGUCCCUUCACGACCAGCUCCAUCACGACACGCCUCAGUCAUCUGGCCCAGGCACAGAAGCCUGGCAACGUCGGCUCCAUGCUACAGGUGGGCCUCGAGUGGGGGCGUCCACUCAAAAUGUCACCCAGCCGAGAUUUGCAUAUUGCGGCCAGAUCAAGGCCCGGUUUCCUUCAACCAAACCAACUUCUCGCGAAGUUGUCCAGCAGCCCAGAUUCUAACCUAGAUGGUACCAUGUUACAUUGGCGUAACAUGAUUUGGCAUUGGUAG